ACGAAUGAAGCUAAUCCAUUGGACCUUGUUGUGGCAUGAAUCACGUUUAAGGGUAUCCUGAAGAGAUGCUUUCCAUGGAAUUCAAGAAUGAUGAUUUAUAUUCACGGACAAGAUUUGGUUUUGGGCGUCCAAUGGUUACAACAGCUAGGGAAAGUCACGCAGGAUUAUGCUAAUCUCACCUUGGCUUUCACUUGGGACGGCAAACAGCGUGUGGGCACCGUGGCCUACCACCUUGAGCUGCCUGCCGGGUCUCGGAUACACCCAUUAUUUCAUGUGUCCUUGCUUCGGCCAUUCCAUGGGAACCCCACUAAAGCCAACCCACUUCCCUUACCUGCAGAAUUGGUCGAAGGCAGAGCUCCCUCGCGCCCAGUACGUGUGCAUGGUUAUCGCACCACUUUAAUGGAUGGGCUGCCGGUGCGCCAAGCCUUGGUUGAAUGGACUGAUGGAGGCUUGGCUGAUGCUUCUUGGGAGCCAGUGGAGACCCUAGGUCGCAAGUACCCCGAUUUUCACCUUGAGGACAAGAAACUUGACAUGUGGCAAUUUAAGUAUUCUGAUUUCAUUACACGUAACGUUACACGCGUCCUCUUCUACGACAAAAUCGCAUCUUCCGAGAGUCCGAUUCUUUCCCCUCUCUAUGCGCUGAUUUCUUCAUCGGCCUAAUCUUCUUCACCAAAAAUCCGCUGAUUCUUCGCGAUAAUCUUCGCCAAAGGAAAAGAAAUCUGCAGCUACAACAAAGGAUAGUCAAAAUCCGCUGAUUCUUCGCGUCAAUUCUAUAAUCAGCUUUCAAAUGAGGCGAGCUCAGUUCCUUAGGUGCCGACCCCAAUUUCAACUGCACCAAAAGCUGUCCCUAACCCAGCACUAAGCUAUGUAACACUUGCAACAUUUAGCUGGGAUCAGGACAGUGACAAAGUGAAGGUGGUUAUCUUUUGUGUCUAGACAACACAUUCAUUUUGUUGGAUGGAUAGAACUUCAGGGAACAACAAAAGAUAUAUUUUUUUGUUUCAUGUUUUUUUGAUAUUUUCUGCAAGUGCUAUAAAAGAUAUAUUUAUCUCUCCUUGGAAGGAGUUGAUCACGAGAAAAUGGAGAUAGACUUCAAACAAAUGUUUGUUGAUGUUAAAUUCCAUGGCGUGCAUGGAAAGAACCACCGUUUCUCUUUACCAAAGUUGAACAAGGAGAUAGUUCCUGAAAAGUGUAAGGUAAUGGUGAAACCCACUAGGGUAGUACUCACCUUGCCAAAAGCAUCUCAAGGAAACUGGCUUAAUUUGCACUACAACCUGA